GCACGUGCGGCGACUUUCCUCUUCAAUCCAUCCUCUCGCGCGGAUCGCCUCUUGUAUUUCUCGGUCAGUCUAGAAAGCGAGUCGCUUCAAAUUGAAGUGAGAAAAAUGGCGAUGUAGACAAUAUUUCUUCCAGCAUCCAUCAAAAUCUCGUCAUCAUCCUUCAAUUUCUCGCCCAUGGACGAAGCUUCUUACACCAGCCUUCCUACCAGUCAUUUGCUCGGCUCAGUUCCAGCUGCGAUUGUUGAAGAUAAAAAACCCAUCAACUAUGACGUUCCAGAAGCAAACUUGCAAAUAUUCCCCCCCAAUAAUGGCGGGGAUAAGGGUUGGGGAUAUCAAGCUCCAGGAACUUCGCGUGCAGGAGGAGAUGAACAGUCCACAUCACGUUGGAAGGGGGUGUUUAGCAUCUCAUCAUACACUCCAUAUUUUGAUGUGGAUACUGAUGCUGUCCUCGACAGAAUCAAGAGUUCAUUGAAUCCUACCCAGGGAGAUUUCUUCAGAAAGAUUGAUGAUAACCCUGAUCUUUACGGCCCAGUUUGGAUAUCCACUACAUUGGUCUUUGUGCUUGCUGCCCUUGGCAACUGUGCUACUUACCUGAUGAAUAAACACAGCAAUCAGAAAGCUGUGUGGAGCUUUGAUGUCAGCUAUGUAAAUUGGGCCGCAUGUGCGGUUUAUGGUUACGUACUCGUGGUACCAACUGCAUUUUAUUUCUUGCUUCAGUAUCUUGGAUCGAAGGUGAGCCUCGUACGCCUCUGGUGCAUGUGGGGUUACUCUCUCUUCAUCCUUUUGCUCAGCUCUUUUCUGUUGAUUAUCCCCACUGAGUUCUUUCGAUGGAUCAUCAUAAUCCUUGCUGGGUCGGCGUCGGCUUGCUUCGUUGGUUUGAAUAUGAAGUCCUAUAUAGAAGGGAAUGAUCUGACGGUGGUGAUCAUUAGUACCUUGGUGCUGCAAGUCGCUUUGGCACUUUUCAUCAAGAUCUGGUUCUUUCCAUAAAGCUGCAUGGACAUGGCAUCUACAUAACACAGUUACAGGCUUCGAUGUGCAAUGUUAAGCUUCAUGUUCCCGAGCUUUCGGUUUUGUGUGGAUUUGCUCUAACGGAUGGAUUUUUAUACGUGUAAAUUGCUCUCCUUGACUAUGGGUUUUGCGCAUGGGUUUUUAAUAUGCGGAAAGUAGUUUGAGAAUGA